AUGCAUUUCAAUACCCUCUUGACCGUUCUGGUCACCAUCUCCUCGGCUGUCGCCGUCAAGGUCAAUCCCUUACCAGCCCCCCGCAACAUCACUUGGGCUUCAUCUUCUGGCCCCAAACAUUUCAACAGUCACGUCUCGCUGCGUACCUCCAACGACACCAACAACCAGAUCAUCGCCAACGCCUGGGAUCGUACCUGGCACUCAAUUACCUCUCUUCAAUGGGUUCCUGCUGCUACUGAAGCUCCCAUUUCAUCCUUUGCUCCGUUUCCAACCGCAUCUGCCUCGGCAGCCCCGAAGGCUAAGCGCGACUCCCCGGCGCUAGCCUACGUGGACGUGAAGAUUGAAGAUAACCGCGCUGAUUUGCAGCAUGGCGUCGAUGAGUCGUAUAAGCUCGAGGUGCGUGAGAGCUCGAACAGUAUCUCCGUCUGCGCCAAAACCGUCUGGGGUGCUAUCCACGCCUUUACGACUCUGCAGCAGCUGGUCAUCUCUGAUGGCAAGGGCGGGCUGAUUAUCGAGCACCCGGUUAGCAUCCAGGAUGCGCCGUUGUAUCCCUAUCGUGGUAUUAUGAUUGACACCGGUCGCAACUUCAUUUCUGUGGGCAAGAUUCUCGAACAGCUGGAUGGCAUGGCCUUGUCCAAGCUCAAUGUCUUGCACUGGCACUUGGAUGAUGCGCAGUCGUGGCCUGUGCAAAUUGACACUUAUCCCCAAAUGACCAAGGAUGCUUUCUCGACUCGUGAGGUCUACACCCACGCGGACAUGCAUCGCAUCGUGGCGUAUGCACGUGCACGUGCUAUUCGAGUAAUCCCCGAGGUGGACAUGCCCGCCCAUGCAUCGGCGGGCUGGAAGCAAGUUGAUCCCAAUAUGAUCGCUUGUGGUGAUUCCUGGUGGUCCAACGAUGUCUACAAGUACCAUACGGCAGUUGAGCCUAACCCGGGUCAGCUCGAUAUCAUCUACAACAAGACGUACGACGUCGUGCGAGACGUGUACACGGAGCUUUCGGGCAUUUUCCCUGACCAUUGGUUCCACGUGGGAGGCGAUGAGAUUCAGCCAAACUGCUACAACUUUAGUACCUAUGUCACUGAGUGGUUUGCUGAAGAUCCAUCGCGCACUUACAACGAUUUGGCACAGUACUGGGUUGACCAUGCCGUUCCUAUCUUCCGCAGUGCGGGUAAGGACCGUCGCUUGGUUAUGUGGGAGGACAUUUUUCUAUCUACGGAGUCUGCACACAACGUGCCUAAAGACAUUGUGAUGCAGACCUGGAAUAACGGCCUUGAGUAUAUUGAUAAGCUCACGGCCAAUGGGUACGAUGUGAUUGUAUCUUCUGCCGACUUUAUGUAUCUUGACUGUGGUCGCGGAGGCUUCCUCACCAACGAUCCCAGAUACAAUGUCAUGGCCAACCCCGAUCCUAACACUCCCAACUUCAACUAUGGAGGUAACGGAGGGUCAUGGUGUGCACCGUACAAGACAUGGCAACGUAUCUACGAUUACGACUUCACGACCAACCUCACCUCGACGCAGGCCAAGCACAUCAUCGGUGCGGCAGCUCCCCUCUGGUCGGAGCAGAUUGACGACGUGGUGGUCUCGAGCGAGUUCUGGCCACGAUCCGCAGCUUUGGCUGAAUUGGUCUGGUCUGGUAACCGCGACGCAAAUGGCAAUAAGAGGACCACCUUGAUGACGCAGCGGAUUUUGAACUUCCGGGAGUACUUGGUUGCGAACGGAGUGCAGGCUGCGCCAUUGAUUUCCAAGUACUGUCUGCAGCAUCCUCAUGCGUGUGAUUUGAACUACAACCAAACUGCGAUUCAUUAA